AUGUUGUCCUAUUGGUUCUUCGCGUUGGCUGCUGUCGCCGUCUUCCUUUGUAGGGCGUAUCUUUUCCAAUCACCCUCUCAGCUCCAUAGCCCGUUAACAAGCACGGUGGCUACUUGCGUCUCGGUCAUCUUUAACUUUUUCCUUACUCGCCGAAAUGCAAUAACCCACCGGCAGACGGGCAGACAGAUUCCAAGCUGUCCUUGGAAAUGGCCUAAUGGACAGGGAGACGUUGCCAAAUUUCUCGAUGGCAUGGAAAACAGCGAGUCGUGGGGUACUGAGUUGGGAGGCUGCUAUAGGAUCUGGGCCGGCACCAAUCCCGAGAUAGUGGUAUCCAAACCCCAGCACAUCAAAGCUGCCUUCCAAGACUCAGACAAGCAUCUUAAGGCUCAUAACAACGACUCGGGUUAUUUGAUGAGUCAAGUACUGGGAAAAUGCCUAGGCCUAGUAAGCGGAAAGGAAUAUGCCACGCUGCGGGAGCUCCUCGAGCCAUCCUUCACCUACAGCCAAUCCGGCCGCUACUUACUCCGGAUUCAACAGAGGACUGAGGAGUGGUUCCGACAAAGGCUUUUCAUGGAUAAGGGUCAUAAAGACAGACUGACAGUGGACCCAGUCAACGACUUCAAAUUCCUUCCGUUCCUGAUCGUCGCUGAUAUACUAUAUGGAAAUGUCUCGCCCGAGAUGGAAGCUGAGCUAUUUUCCAUUGGCCCGGAGCGCGAGAAGCUGUUCCAGCAUGUAAUUGGUGGAGGCAUUUCUCGUUUCAACCUGUCCAAGUACCUGCCAACGGAAGCAAAUCGCACUUUGCGAUCUUUCCAGCUGCAAUGGGCCAGGUUCAAUGCAGAAGCAUACGAACGCGCUGUCACGGAGGGCUACUCUGAGGCAGUGGUGGUGAAACUCUUCGAAGCAGCCAGGAGAGGAGCGAUAAACUGGGAUCAUUGCCAUCAGACUCUUGACGAGAUGCUGUUUGCAAACUUGGACGUCACCAUGGGUGCCUUGUCCUGGCAUCUCGUCCAUUUGGCGGACAACCCUAGUGCCCAGAGCAAACUCAGGGAGGAAAUCGCCACAAGAACAAAGUCGGGUCGGGACGGAAUUACUGCUUCUGGCUUGUCCGACGAGGGGAACGAAUACAUCCAGAGCUCGACAACGCUCCUCGCUGCAUGUAUCUUGGAGUCGUCUCGGCUCCGUCCAUUGGCUGCAUUUACGGUUCCUCAAGCUUCGCCGACAGAUCGUGACAUAGACGGCUAUACCAUCUCAGCAAAGACAAAUUUUGUAGUAGAUACGUUGGCACUCAACAUUCGACAAGACUAUUGGGGCGAGGAUCGGCAUUCCUACAGACCUGAGCGAUUCUUCGGCAUCCCACGCUCAGACAUACGCUACCGCUACUGGCGCUUCGGAUUCGGGCCUCGACAGUGCCUGGGAAAGUAUAUUGCCGAGUUCAUUCUGCGAAUGGUAACGGUGACAGUGAUCAGCAAAUUUAGUCUGCAUCUGUCGGCGCCCGAGGCUGAGUCUUGGGAGAGGGACCGAGGGGUCUGGAUUUCUCAACCCAAGGUCCAACUAGAAUUUGAACAUCUCUGA